AUGACAUCGCAAGGCCAAAGUUUGAAUUCCACUUUAGAUGAUAACUGUCAAGUGAACUUUCGAGGGACGCUUCUGACUAUUGAUUCGUACCUGGGGGAUCAAGAUGUGGAGCGCCUGAAGUUCCUCUGCCGAGACUCCAUCGCCCCCAAGAACCUGGAGAAGUGCGGCUCAGCCUUGGAUAUCUUUGAUUACCUGUUGGCAGAGGAAUGGCUGAGUGAGGAAGACCCCUUCUUCCUAGCGGAGCUCCUCUAUACCAUCAAGCAGAAGGCCCUCCUUCGGCACCUCCGCUACACCAAGGAGCAGGUGGAGAACUGGCUGCCUGUCCGCCGGAAGGUCUCUCUGUUCAGAAACCUGCUCUAUGAACUGUCAGAAGACAUCAGCUCAGAGAACUUAAAGAGCAUGAUCUUCCUUCUGAGGGAGUCGAUUCCAAAAGUCCAGAUGACCUCUCUAAGUUUCCUGGCAUAUCUGGAGAAACAAGAGAAAAUAGAUGAAGACAAUCUGACAUUACUGGAGGAUCUCUGCAAAAAAAUUGUACCUAAUCUUAUGAGAAAGAUAGACAAAUAUAAAAGAGAGAAAGCCUCCCAGGUAGGGGCACUUCCUGUAGCCAAGGAAACUGAGUCAUUGCAUCAAGGAGAGAAAGAACUAUUUUCCCACUCGGACAUUAACCAAUUGCUUGGAGCCUUGCCGGAGGUGUCCUGGCAAGACGAGCAUGCACAGAGUAAUGAGUGCCUGAAGCGCGUGUUUCAGUGGCUUGGGUUCAGCGUGCAUAUUUUUGUCAAUGUGACUAAAGGCCGACUAGAGGAGGUUCUGCAGUAUUUUCAGACUCAUCCAGGCCAUGCUGAUGGAGACUGCUUUGUGUUCUGUGUUCUGACCCAUGGGAAAUUUGGAGCUGUCUACUCUUCUGAUGGGAACCUCAUUCCCAUCCGGCAGAUCAUGUCUCACUUCACAGCUCAGCAGUGUCCUGCUCUGGCUCACAAACCCAAACUCUUUUUCAUCCAGGCCUGUCAAGGUGAAGAAAUACAACCUUCCGUAUCCAUUGAAGCAGAUGCAGUAAAUCCUGAGCACGUGCCCCCUUCCCUUCAAGACAGUGUUCCCGUUGAGGCGGAUUUCCUUCUUGGCCUGGCCACUGUCCCUGGCUACGUGUCCUUUCGGCACGUGGAGGAAGGUAGCUGGUAUAUCCAAUCUCUGUAUAAUCAACUGAAGGACUUGGUCCCAAGACAGGAAGAUAUCUUAUCCAUUCUCACUGCUGUCAACGAUGAUGUGAGUCGACAAGCGGACAAACACGGAACCAAAAAACAGAUGCCUCAGCCUGCUUUCACACUACGUAAAAAAGUAGUAUUCCCUGUGCCACAGGAAGAACUUUUACUAUAG